CACCCAAGGGGUGGUACGAUGGCCUGCCGCUUUGUGUAGCCGAUACAGCAGACUUCCACUCUCGGUUUCUUUCCCCCUCCCGAUUUGGUUGAUCAUCAGGCUCCUUUAACCAUGUCCGUCCGCCUCGGCCUUCUGGCCCUCUCCGGCCCCGCCCUCUACGCCACCGUCUCCUCUGCCAAGAAGAUGGAGAACUCCGAUGCCCUGCACGCUCCCCACUACCCGUGGCACUUCAACAAGCCGCUCGGCACCUUCGACCACGCCGCUCUGCGCCGUGGUUUCGAGGUGUACAAGCAGGUGUGCGCCUCCUGCCACGGUCUCUCGCGCGUGGCCUUCCGCAACCUGGUCGGCGUGACCCACACCGCCGCCGAGGCCAAGAUGCUGGCCGAGGAGAUCGAGUUCCAGGACGGCCCCGAUGAGAACGGUGACAUGUUCAUGCGCCCCGGCAAGCUCUCCGACUACUUCCCCGAGCCCUACGCCAACGAGAACGCCGCCCGCGCCGCCAACAACGGUGCCUACCCCCCGGACCUGUCUCUCAUGACCAAGGCCCGCCACAACGGCAGCGACUACCUCUUCGCCCUGCUGAUGGGUUACUGCGAGCCCCCUGGCGGUGUUGAGAUCCGCGAUGGCCUCCACUACAACCCGUACUUCCCCGGUGGUGCCAUCGGUAUGGCCCGCCAGCUGUUCGAUGACAUGAUCGAGUACGAUGACGGCACCCCCGCCACUUCCAGCCAGAUGGCCAAGGAUGUCACCGAGUUCCUGUCCUGGGCUGCCGAGCCCGAGAUGACUGAGCGCAAGCUCAUGGGUCUCCGCGCCAUGGUCCUCAUGACUUUCGCUGCUGCGGCCACCUGGUACAUCAAGCGCCACCGGUGGACCGUCAUCAAGAACCGCAAGGUCGUCUACAACCCCAUGAUGAAGAACUAAGUCCCCUGCGGCCCCGCCCCCCCCCCCUUCUGGCGACCACGGCCCCUCGUCUCCCUGGCUGAUGGCCGGUCGGUAUGUGAGCGUGAGUGUGCGCGCGUGCGCGAGUGUGCCGCCCUCUGUCUGGGAUAGGGACCGCUCUGCUCGCCCUCCCCUGUCUCUCUCCCUCCCUCCCUCUCUCUC